AUGUCAUUUAGAAAAAGAGGUGAAAUAAUAGGUGGAAAUCCUGCUCCAAAUAGAGGUCCAAUUGGUUCAAUCCCGGCUAGAACUCCAGGUAUUGUUCCAGGACGCACACCUCCAUUGGGUGGAAGAGCACCCGCAGUAACUGGUAGAGGUGUCACUGGAACACCAACUUCAUCAUUCCAAUUAAAAGCCAAACCUAAAUCAAUUGAAAAAGAUAAUGCUAUCCAGAUCAUGCAAAAUCCAGGAGUGAGACCAUCAUUAAUGACUUCUCAACCAACUACAUCAACUGGAAGUUCUGAUCUAGAUAAAAUCUUGCUACACCAAGGAUUACCACUUGGGAAUUCAUUAUUAAUUGAGGAAUCUGGUACUACAGAUUUUUCCUCAGUAUUGUUGAGGGCAUUUGCUUCACAAGGUAUUUUGCACAAUAGAAUUUCAAACGAUGUAAAUGCUCAUGUUAUUGUAUUAGGUAUGAAUCAGCAAUGGGCUAAUGAUUUGCCUGGUAUUUACAAAGGGUCUUCAAAAGAACAGAAAAAGGCAAAAAUUAUGGAGAAUGAAUCAAAAGUGAGUGUUUCCAAUUUGUCCAAUGCUCCAUCAACAACCACUAGGGCAACUACAGAUCCAAAUUUAAAAAUUGCAUGGAGGUAUGGUUUAAACAAGAAACCAGAAAGUAAAGAUAAAGAUGAAACUGAAAGCUCUAAUAGCUAUGAAUAUUAUAAUAAUCAAUUUGAUUUAACACAAAAAUUGGUCCCUGGGCCAAAUCCACAAGAUAUAACAUUUAUUCCAUUAAAUGCUAACUUUAGUACUAUGAUUAAUCAAAUUUCAAGUGUAAUAAAAAACCAAUUAAGAUCAAAUCCCACAAAAGUGAUUAGAUUGAUAAUUCCCAGUAUCCUAAAUCCAUCGUUAUAUCAUCCAUCAUGUUCGUCAUCUACAUUUAUUGUCCCAUUUAUACAUUCGCUACGUUCUUUAGUACGACAAUUUUCUAAUAACUUAGUAUUGGUAUGUUCAAUUUCAUUGGAUUUAUACCCCAAGGAUUCCAGUUUGUUGUUGUUUAUUCAAUCAUUGUUUGAUGCAAUUAUUCAUCUACAACCAUUUAAUCAAGAAAUGACUCAAUUGUUAGAAAAAGCUUAUAAAAAUGAACCAACAAAGAUUCAACAAGGUUUGGUUAAUAUUAUUAAGAUACCUGUUUUAUCAGAAAAGGGUUUGAUGAUGGUACAUGAUGGAGAAUAUGCUUUUAAAAAUGGAAGAAAGAAAUUUGAAAUUGAAGAGUGGAGUAUCCCCGUGGAAGAUGAUUCAAAAGAUGAUAAUCAUCAGACUCAAGAAGGUGGUACUACAACCAAGAAUAUUGAUUUUUAG